CCGGAGAAAAAACAAAUAAUUUUUGUUUUUCUUCGGAAAAAAUUCAACGUAUUUAACGUUAAAUUAUAAAUAAAUAAUUAAGAAGUUUAAGAAAAACAAAAUGCCGUUUAAUUUGCAAGGAGUUAGACAAUAUCUCAGUGAACUGAGAAAUUCCGGAGGCUUACACAAAGACCAAGCUGAAAAGUACCGUAAUGUUCUCAUGGAGAUCCUGAAAAAUCCUGAGGGAGAGUUAGCUGAGACAUUAAAAGCAUUUGUUGAAGCAAUUGUGAAUGAAAAUGUGAGCUUGGUGAUAUCUCGGCAACUGCUCACGGAUGUCAGCACGCACCUGGCGUUGCUGAAUGACAAUGUUUCUCGGGAAGUCUCUCAUUUUGCGCUGGACGUUAUACAACCUAGGGUGAUUUCAUUUGAGGAACAGGUGGCAAGUAUCAGACAACAUUUAGCUGACAUUUAUGAGCGCAAUCAAAACUGGAAGGAAGCUGCUAAUGUUCUUGUUGGAAUACCACUUGAAACUGGCCAAAAGCAAUAUUCUGUAGACUACAAAUUGGAGACCUAUCUGAAGAUUGCCCGCCUGUACCUCGAGGUGGAUGACCCUGUGCAGGCCGAAGCCUUCGUCAACAGAGCCUCCUUGCUGCAAGCUGAGACCACUAAUGAACAACUACAGAUAUACUAUAAAGUCUGCUAUGCUAGGGUACUGGAUUACCGCAGGAAGUUUAUUGAAGCUGCACAAAGGUACAAUGAAUUAUCAUACAGAAACAUAAUUCAUGAAGAUGAAAGAAUGACAUGCCUCAGAAAUGCUCUCAUUUGCACAGUUUUAGCCUCAGCUGGUCAACAGAGAUCCAGAAUGCUAGCCACUCUGUUCAAAGACGAAAGGUGCCAACAACUGCCUGCUUACUCAAUCCUAGAAAAAAUGUACCUCGACCGUAUAAUUCGCCGAUCUGAGCUACAUGAAUUUGAAGCCUUAAUGCAGACGCAUCAGAAAGCGGUGAUGUCGGACGGGUCCACGAUCCUGGACCGCGCCGUGUUCGAGCACAACCUGCUGUCGGCCAGCAAGCUGUACAACAACAUCACGUUCGAGGAGCUGGGCGCGUUACUGGAGACGCCGCCCGCCAAGGCCGAGCGUAUCGCGUCCCAUAUGAUCAGCGAGGGACGCAUGAACGGCUACAUUGACCAGAUCAGCGCGCGCGUGCAUUUUGAAACUCGAGAAAUCCUACCCCAAUGGGACAAGCAGAUCCAAAGCCUGUGUUACCAAGUGAACAGCCUCAUCGAGAAGAUCGCCGCCGCCGAGCCCGAGUGGAUGGCCAAGAUCAUGGAGGAAGAAAUGAUACAGUAAUCCCAGUUUUUACUUUAGUCUGUAUAUUAAUCUAAUAAAUGAAAACUUUUUUUUA